AUGGCGGGGAUGGGGUCGAUCUAUUCUGCUACCUACAGCAGUGUCCCGGUGUACGAGUUCAAAAUCGACGGCGACAGUGUGAUGCGACGGAGGGCAGAUGACUGGGUCAACGCAACACAUAUACUGAAGGCUGCUGGCUUUGAUAAGCCUGCGAGAACCCGAAUCCUUGAACGUGAAGUGCAAAAGGGCGUGCAUGAGAAAGUGCAAGGCGGCUACGGCAAAUACCAGGGAACAUGGAUCCCGCUGCCAGAUGGUCGCAUGCUGGCAGAGCGCAACAACAUCUUCACCAAAAUAGCUCCCAUUUUCGAGUAUGUAGCUGGAGAUCGCAGUCCUCCUCCAGCUCCGAAACACACUUCGGCUUCUUCGAAGCCCCGAGCACCUCGGAAAUCUACCAACCGCGCUGCUGCUGCUGCUGCUGCUGCUGCUGCGCCGCCUCCAGAAGUUUUCAAUGUUGUCCAACCUCAGCGGAGCAUGGGCCCUCCGAGCCUUCCUCAUGAACAAUAUGAGAUGAGUGCUGGGUUCGAUGACAACGAGUCAAUCGAGCAGGCGACUAUUGAAUCCUCCUCCAUGGUCGCAGAUGAGGAUAUGCUUCAGAUGUCACAGCAUACAGGUCGCAAGCGCAAGCGAGGGGUGAAUGAGGCAGCUGUCAUGUCCAUUACUGAUCAGGAGCAUAUCAUCUAUGGUGACCAGCUCCUGGACUAUUUCAUUACCGUGGGCGAUGCCUCUCAGGCGUCGCGCAUUCAACGUCCAGAACCACCUGCCCACUUCCAAGUUGACCGUCCGAUUGAUGACUCUGGCAACACCGCCCUGCACUGGGCUUGCUCAAUGGGUGAUCUUGAGAUCAUUCAGGAUCUCCUUCGCCGAGGGGCCGAUAUCAAGGCUUUGUCUGUUCACGAGGAAACCCCGCUUGUGCGAGCGGUUCUGUUCACUAACAACUAUGAGAAGCGAACAUUCCCUGCUGUGCUAGAUUUUCUCUUGGAUACCAUCUCCUUUCGGGACUGGUUUGGUGCAACUUUGUUCCACCACAUUGCCGAAACCACUAGAAGUAGGGGCAAGUGGAAGAGCGCCAAGUAUUACUGCGAGGUUACCCUUGACAAGCUAUGCAAAUCAUGUUCGCAGGACGAGAUCGAUCUACUAUUGUCGUGUCAGGACGACAAUGGUGAUACCGCUGCCUUGGUGGCUGCACGCAACGGCGCUUUUCGUCUGGUGAACAUGCUUCUCACUCACUGUCCUCGCGCCGGCGACCUGAUGAACAAGAAGGGAGAGACAGCCACCAGCAUGACUCAACGCUUUGCUCAACGCUCGCAUCAUACAGACCACGAUAUCCCACCCGCUCCAUCAUCCGUGACCAUGGCCAAUGACCAAGCCGACGGCAUCGGAGGCGAUCUGGUGCCUUCAGACCAUCAAUCAAUCGCGCCGCCCGUUGACUCCGCGGUCACGUCGGAGCUUCUCUCCAAGAUCGGAACCAUCAUGUCUGAAGCUAACAAGAAACUCGCCGUGACUUACGGCAAUUCCAAGCUCAAUCAGGAAGACUCCAAUGACGUGGCUAAUCCGGAAGCUCUGUACGAGCAAUUGGAGACAGAUCGCCAGAAGAUUCAGAAACAAGUUUCUGCCCUCACUGUCAAGGAGGCAGAGUAUGAGCCGAGUGAGAUCCAGGUUGGCCGAUACGAGAAGGUUCUAAGCAACUACGAGUCCCUCCUCGAAAAAUUGCAACAUGCCCGCCUUUCAUCGCAGUUGAACAAUGGAGUCCCCUUUGAGGGUACCAAAGCCGAGCCAUCUUCUCUUAGCCAUGAGGAUCUGGUGGAACGCUUCAACUUGGCACGGGCUCUGGUCACCGCCCAAAAGACCCGUCGUAACGCGGUCAAAGAUCUCGCACAGCAAACUGCUGAUGCUGGUGUGAGCACCAAGUUCGAUGUCCACCGAAAGCUUGUGGCUCUAGCAACUGGUCUCAAGGAGGAGGAACUAGAUCCGAUGGCCGCUGAGCUGGCCGAGACGCUCGAGUUUGAUCGCAUGAACGGCAAAGGUCCAUCUCCCGAGCUGGAUACUAAACACCUGCCGUCUCAGAACGACUCGGUCACCAUGCCUCCUCGUGUCGUUGCUCCAGUCAUGGAUGCCUAG